AUGGACGAUAAUGGUGCCGUAAAACAAUGUCUACCAGGGCACGGAGAAUUAUGUGGAUUAGGAUAUUCCUGUUAUUUUUCCGGAACAAAUUAUCAGUGUUGUCCAACAGAGGAAGAAAUUAAUUUGGAUUCUAUUCUUGAAUGCCCCUCACCUAGUAUUACAAUCCUCACAGAUGCCGGAUUGCCUCUCACUUGCACUCCCGAUCUCCACGAUUGCCCAGAAAGUUCCAUGCAAUGUCUUAACAUCGGGAAACAUUCGAUAUGUUGCGAAGGAAUAUCAUCCAUUAUUGAGGCAUCUCAUAAUGCUUUUUCACCAAAGGAACUAAAUUCUCCGGAUAAGACAAUUCAGCCAAUUGCAUUGAGUAAUGAACUUGUCAAUGCACCCAAUUUAGAGUGUCCCGAACCUGCCUUCACUAUACUUGAUGGCAAUGGGGAUCCAAUAUCAUGUAAUGAAGAAGAUUGCGCUCAUCAAACAGGACGUUUUUGCUAUAAACCACUGAAUACACCGAUAUGUUGUGAAGGUGAAGAGAGAACUAGUGAUGAUGAAACACUGAUCAAGAAAAUCUUGAAAGGUAAUAAACGCGAGAAAGAAGGAAGCAUUGGAUGGAGUGUCUUGAGAUAUACGCCAUUGACAACCGCACAACGUCAUUUGCACCAAAAUGAACUACCACAAAAUGACAAUCAAUUAGGCAUUGAUGUAUCAAAUGUCGCUAGAUCACUGAUUCUUGACGGAGGCACUUCUGAGGCAAAACAAACUAAUUUGGAAAUAAUAUCGCCAAUUAGGGAUGAAUUAGUCAGAUAUUCGGAAGAAAGACAAAUUGAUAAUCGAUACAAGAAUCCUCAGCAAUCAAUUGCAUCUGAUAAUGCGAAGACAUCGCAAACAACUACUGCUACCUCAACUACAACUACCACUACCACUACUACCACAACGACAAUAAUAAUGCCAGCAGUUAUCACUUCGACAACAUCAGAACCUCAACUGUUCGAGAAAUCGAAUAAAAUUCAUCACAAAGGCUUGUUAUUUCCACCCGGGAAAUCUCAAGUAGAAACAGUUCGAUACAAGCCGCACAAUGCUGGAGGAUAUGCUGUUUCACAAGCAUUUUCAUCAAAAGUCCGUCGUGCACCAAAUGACUUACGAGCUUUGGCACGAGAAUAUCUUCUCGAAUAUAUUAGACGUGGAUGGCCUUAUAGUGAUGAAUUUUAUCGAAGUUACACACCACUUGAUUCUCAAUCUGAUCAAGAAGACGAAAUUAUUUUCCAUGGACAAACUUGAAAAGUGGCUCGCGCUUAUUACUGUUCUGUCACAGUUGUUUUACACUUUGUUGUAAUAAAUUGUAUUCCUUUCUUUCCUCUUAAAAAUUCAGAAGCAGUGUUGGAAAAGUUUUUUUU